AUGGACGUUACGCACGAGUCCGAAAAAUCGAUUGCCAUUAUUGGAAUGGGCUUUCGCUUACCGGGUGGUAUUUCGACAGACGGCGAGUUCUGGGAUCUCCUCAUCAAUAAGAAGAACGGUAGAUGCAAGGUUCCGCUGACGAGAUACAAUGUUGACGGCUUUGGUGGCGGCAAAACGCAGACCCAGUCAGUAGCCACAGAGUAUGGCUACUUUCUCCAAAGCAAGCUUUCCAGCGUGGAUACAUCAUUCUUCUCCAUGAAGCACGCUGAAGUGAAUGUUUUGGAUCCUCAGUUGAGGUUGUUGCUAGAAGUUGCUUGGGAGUGCAUGGAGAGCGCUGGGCAGACUCACAAGCUUGUGGGAUCCAAUACUGGAGUCUUUGCAGGCGUGUUUGGAGAAGACUGGCACAACAUGCUGCAUCGAGAUGAUCUGAUGCCAAAUACGUACAGAGUGCUGAGUGCAGGGGAUUAUGGACUGUCCAACGUACUGUCCUACCAGUACGACUUCAGGGGCCCGAGCAUGACAAUUCGCACGGCCUGUUCGUCGUCUCUUUCGGGUCUUCAUAUUGCUUGUCAAUCACUCCGCAAUGGCGAUUGCUCAACAGCCAUGGUAGUAGGAUCCAGUCUCAUCAUGGAUCCAUCCAUGACCUUGGACAUGUCUGGACAAGGCGUGCUUGCUUCGGACGGUCGAUGCAAAACAUUUGACGCCGCUGCCGACGGAUUUGCGCGCGGAGAAGCCACCAAUGCCGUACUACUCAAGCCCUUGGAAGCUGCGAUGCGGGAUGGAGAUCCAAUUAGAGCAGUCAUUCGCUCUACAGCCAUCAACUCGGACGGCCAGACGCAACAUGUGGGCACUCCUAGUGCCGAGGCGCAGAUAUCCAUGAUAGAUAGAGCCUAUAAAUUGGCAGGCAUUGGCGACCGCUCAAUGACGCCGUUUGUCGAGUGCCAUGGAACGGGUACUAUGAAGGGUGAUCCCAUUGAAACGACGGCAGUGGGAAAGGCCUUUGGUAACCGUGGCACCUAUAUCGGUUCAGUCAAGCCAAAUCUGGGGCAUGGAGAGGGAGCAGCAGCCUUGACCAGCAUCAUCAAGUGUGUCCUAGCACUGGAGAACAAGGUAAUUCCACCAAAUAUCAACUUUGAAACGCCAAACCCAAAUAUUUUGUUUCAAAAGUAUAACCUUCAAGUACCGGUUGAUCCGAUUCCUUGGCCGGCAGACCGACGUGAGAGAAUCAGCGUCAGCGCUUUUGGAUUCGGCGGUGCCAAUGGUCAUGUUAUCCUGGACUCUGCUGCCUCGUUUGGAAUCGGUUAUUGCGCUACCAGUGAAGACGGUGGCAGUUCGGACGCUAAUAGUCUCAACGAGACCGUGGCCGACUCGGGAGACAGUUUGAAUGCUAGUCUGUCUACCGGCCCCUCGUCAAAAACCUCCGACUGCGACUCUGUUUCUCCAAAGGAGUUUCCACGCCUCAUUCUUCUCUCUGCGCGUAGUGAAAAGUCACUCAAGGAGCGAGUUUCCCUGUUCAAGGAUUACGUGCCGAGUUCGACGGCUUCAAUAGAUGACAUCGCCUACACUCUGGGAAUGCGGGUAGCACACCUAUCUCAUAGAGCGUUUGCCAUUUAUCACAACAGCAAGGCUACCGAGUCACCAGAGUUUAGCAUCGCAAAAAAGGCCAUUUCUUCAAAAGACCAAGACAAAAAGAUUGCGUAUGUCUUUACCGGGCAGGGCGCGCAGUGGUUUGGUAUGGGUAAGGAACUUGUCCGCUCUUCUGCCUCUUUCCUCGAGGACAUCAAGAAUAUGGAUAGAGUUUUACAAGAACUUGCUACGGUACCAGACUGGACAUUGGAAGAUCUUUUGUAUAGUGAGGACAACGGCGCGGACAAAGAGUAUUUUGACAGUGCUGAAUUUGCACAACCUCUUUGUACUGCCAUCCAAAUAGGCUUGGUGAACCUCCUAUCCAACUGCGGCAUCAAGCCGAGCGCCGUUGUCGGUCAUUCUAGCGGCGAAAUCGCUGCCGCCUACGCAGCAGGGGGAAUAACUUACUCCGAGGCUAUUCUAUGCGCCUACUUUAGAGGACUUGCGACCACGAAGCUCAAAAUUCCCGGGAGUAUGGCUUCCAUUGGUCUGGGACGGGAUCGUGUUGCAUCUCAUCUCGUAGACGGUGUGCAAAUUGCCUGUGAGAACAGCCCUGACAAUGUGACCAUCUCGGGCGAUCCUGGAGCUGUAAGCACAACUAUGCAGGCUAUAGAGACGGCAAACAAGGAAACUUUUAUGCGCAAACUGAAAGUCCAUGUUGCGUAUCAUUCCUUUCUUAUGCGCACAAUUGCUGCUGAAUACGAGCAGAUGCUGAAACCACACCUCGCAGGCUGCAAGGACGGGAAGGACUGGAAGUGUCCAUUUUACUCAUCUGUGCAUGGAAAACUUGUUGACUCGCCAAUUGAGCUUGGACCAUUGUAUUGGAAAAGCAACUUGUCUUGUCCCGUCCUCUUCUAUUCUGCUACACGGCAGCUCCUGAGUGAACUUCCUGAAGUGAGCACAUUAUUGGAAAUCGGACCGCAUCCUGCUCUCCAGGGUCCAGUGCGUCAAAUUUUGGAAUCGGAAUCUCGUUCUUCCAUGACAUACCUUGGCACACUUGCAAGAGGUAAGCCGGCAGAUGAUGCAAUUCUGACCACCCUGGGCCAGCUUCACACAAUUGGUCAUGAUAUCGAUUUUUCAUUUAUUCUUCCUGCGGGAACUGUGGUGACGGAUCUGCCACGCUAUUCUUGGGAUCGCAAAGAUGACUUGUGGAAAGAGAGUCGCCUUUCCAAGGGAUGGAGAAUGCGCCAGUUCCCGCACCACGAGCUGCUCGGCACGCGAUGCGCGGCGCCAUCGGGGUUUGAUGCCACGUGGAGGAAUGUCUUUCAUGUAUAUGAUAUUUCUUGGCUCAAGGAUCAUAUGCUAGGGACAGACGUUGUGUUCCCGGUGGCAGGUUAUGUUGCCAUGAUGGGUGAAGCAAUACGACAAUUGCUUGGCUCGGAAGCAUACGUUUUGGAAAAUCUCAUUGCCAAAGCAGCCUUGAUGGUGCCGGAUGCCGAUGCUGUGGAAGUCAUGACAACCAUGCGGCCGUUUAGACUUUCUGGGCUCACCAAUUCAUCCACUUUGUAUGAAUUCUCCAUUUGCUCCUUUAUGGCUGAUACCUGGGUUGAGCACUGCACAGCCCUUGGCAAGGCAACAAAGUACAGCGAGGAUGCCAACCACGUGCGAAACAAGAUUGUGCCCUUGCAGAGGCAUUUGCAUGAAAAUUACUUUUAUGACCGGCUCAACUACAUUGGUUUCUCCUACGGCCCGCGUUUUAGGGCACUCCGCAAUUUUACGACAGCGACCCAUGAACAACAUGCGGUUGCUACUAUAACAGACACGACGGACAAGGAAGAAGCGAUUUACACUCUGCACCCAAUCACCAUUGAUUGCGCCAUUCAACUGAUUGGCUUGGCGGCCUGCAGAGGAAUCGGACGAAAGAUUGAUACUCUCGCUGUACCCGUGCAACUGAACCACAUUACAGUGCGCCCUGGUCAACGGGAGCUUCUCCUCGAUGCCAUGUCAGAUACAGCAGGCAGUGGAACUGGAAAGGCAUUUGCUAUAUCCAAAGACACGGGAAAGACAGUCUUGGAGCUGCUUGGCGGACGGGUUCUACCGUUCCACAGUGGACAUUUACAGAACAAGGAAAAUAUGCACGCGGCGCGGAUAGAGUGGCUUCCAGAUCUGGAUUUCUACGACAACAUCGAUUUUGUCAGAACGAAUGGCAACGGCAGGAUGAGUCGUAGACUUCUCCAUCGUGCCACCGCAAUCAUCGUUGAUCGAAUGCUCCACGAGCUGGAAUCGCUCGGCAUUGACGCUGCAGAAACGCCAGGAACUCUCCCCAAGUACAUCCAUUGGUUGAAGAAUGAGAGGAGCACGUACAUGCAAGACGAAGAACUCAGAAACUUGACUUCCAAAACAUGCCAAGAAAAGUUGCAAAUUCUCGAUUCCCUGUUCAAGGAACUCGCAGGCGAUGAUGAAACCAAACAAGCCGUGACAAACAUGUAUCGCAGGCUCGCCGACAGCGAGAAUAUCAGAGCAAUCUUCACAAGCAAGGUAUCUGCCUUGGAAGUAUGCCUGCAAGACAAGGGCUUGGAGAGCUUGUAUAAUUAUUCCCAGAGCUUGGUUUCACCAAAUGAUUACCUUGCAUUGCUCGCUCAUUCCAAGCCAACCAUGUCUGUCCUAGAGAUUGGCGCGGGUUCAGGAGCAGCUACAGAAGUCGUGUUGCGGGGUCUGAUGGCGGAAGAUGGAACGCGACAAUACUCUCAAUACAUCUUUUCUGACGUCUCGAGUGGCUAUUUUGUCAAGGCCAAAGAGCGAUUUGCUGAGUGGGAUGCUAUUCAGUACAAGGUGCUUGAUAUUGGAAGUGAGCCAUCUUCGCAGGGCUUCGAGUUGCGGUCGUUUGAUCUGAUUAUUGCGUCCAAUGUAUUGCAUGCGACACCUUCUCUCCAAAGAUCCCUGAUCCACGUUCGAUCACUGUUGAAACCUCGAGGGAGAUUUAUUCUUCAGGAACUAGUAACCCCCGUCACUUGGCGAAACAUACCCCUUCUCACGGGUCUUCUACCGGGUUGGUGGGAUGACAAGGAAGACACAAGGGAGGAGGGACCGCUGGUAUCUGUUGAAAGAUGGCAUACAGAGCUCCUGGCCGCCGGAUUCAGUGGCACAGAUGUUGUCAAGCUCGACGAUGACGCCCCGUACACCCUCGCCGCUCACAUGGCAAGCACUGCUGUUGCCGAGACCAAAAGCCCGCAGGAAUUGACGUUUCUCUACAGGCAAUUCAGGCAUGAUUUUGCUCGUCAACUGGCAGACAAGAUGGAGUUGAUGGGACAUGAGGUGCACUGGGUGCAAUUGGAUUCCCAAGAAGAGAAUGGGACAUUGCUGGGGUUGAGCGGCGGUCGUGACAUUAUUUCUACCAUGGAGCUAGAAGGACCCUUUGUUGACAACAUCUCUGAAACAGACUACCAACAUUUCAUUCGACUCAUUUCCCAACACGGCCGCGGAAUACUCUGGCUGACUCGACCGGCGCAGUUUGGCUGCACUGAUCCUGGCUAUGGCGCCAGUACAGGGUUGCUGCGAUGCGUCCGCGUGGAAGUCGGAAUAGAGUGCUGGAUAACUGAGACGGAAGCUUUGGAUGGCACAUCGUUGGAUUCGGUUUCGAGACUGGCCCGCAAGUUUUGCCAACGCACGCCGAUGGAUCGCAGUCUGGAUUCCGAAUAUGCCAUCCGUCAGAAUGGUAUUGUGUACGUGCCUCGCUUCCGCUGGCUAUCGACACAGACAGAGCUUCAACUGCUGUCUGGGCAUGAAUAUCCCAAGCAGCUAGUCAUUGGGCAACAUGGAUCCGUCGACUCGCUUCACUGGGUGUCACACCAACGGACAAAGGAACUUGCACCCGACCAAGUCCAAGUUGACAUUUGUUUCGCCGGGUUGAACUUCAAGGAUCUUCUUACAACCUUGGGCAUUGUUCCUGGCGAAAAGGAUGCUCUCGGUCUCGAAUGUAGUGGCAUCAUUGUUGCCAAGGGAUCAGCCGUCCAUGCUUUGAAUGUUGGAGACCAUGUUUGCACCAUUGGCUCAGGUUUGAUCAGAACACGCCAAGCCGCUACAUUGCCCGUGGUAUAUGCGACAGCGAUGCACGCGAUUGUGAACCUGGGCCGCCUCAAAAAGGGACAGUCUAUCUUGAUCCAUUCCGCAGCUGGCGGCGUUGGUCAAGCCGCCAUCAAUAUCUGUAAAGCAAUCGGUGCCACAAUCUACGUUACUGCUGGAACAGAGGAAAAAGUCGAAUUUCUCAUGGCAGAGCAUGGAAUUCCCGGCCAACACAUUUUUGAUUCGAGAAACGACUCUUUCUUCAAUCAUGUCAUGGAUAGGACUGGUGGUAGAGGCGUUGACCUUGUACUAAACUCCUUGGCGGGUGAUCUUCUUCAGGCAUCGUGGCGGUGUGUGGCCAAGUCGGGCCAAAUGCUGGACAUUGGAAAACGAGAUAUGCUGGAGCACGGAAGACUUGCAAUGGACAUGUUCCAAGGCAACCGAACUUAUCGUGGUAUUGAUCUGUCUGCCAUGGACGAGGAUGAAAUUAUCGAAUUGAUGGAGAAAUGCUCUAGCCCAGAAUUCAAGGAAUCUUUCCAACCCAUCCGGCCCAUUCGCACAUUUGGUCCCCAGCAGAUUUCUGAAGCACUCAAGUACAUGCAAAAGGGCCAUCAUAUGGGCAAGCUCGUUGUAGCCCUUCCAGAAGACGCGUCACAAAUACCAGCCGUAACCUCUGAGACGUCAAUAUUAUUCUCCGACGAGGCGACCUAUCUUGUGAUUGGAGGUCUCGGAGGUCUUGGCAAAGAAGUGGCCCGUUGGAUGGUCGAAAAAGGCGCUAGAAGCCUUUGCUUUUUGUCGCCAUCUGCCGCCAGCGACAAACAUGCGACAUUCAUCCAAGAACUACAGUCUCAAGGAUGUAGAAUUACGGCCAUAGCGGGGGAUGCCUCCAAAAUGGACGACGUUGAGAGGGCUAUUGCCGAGUCGCCAACCCUCAUCGGGGGUGUGCUGCAGCUUUCCAUGGUGCUCAAGGACCGUCCCCUGCUUGAAAUGUCAUAUCAAGAUUGGCAAGCUGUACAAGAGCCCAAGGUCAAGGGAACCUGGAACCUUCACAAUGCUCUUCUUACCAACAACACCAAGCUUGAUUUCUUUAUUCUGAUGGGGUCCGUUGCCGGCCUCGUUGGACAGCCCGGUCAGGGGAACUAUGCCUCUGCAAACUCAUUCCUCGACUCUUUUUGCCACUAUCGUCAACAACUAGGGCUCCCUUGCUCCGUCAUUGACCUCGGAGGAAUGCAAGGCAUCGGCUUCCUUGCUGGUAACGCCAACAAAAUGAGCCAGUUCAAAUCGGCAGGCAUGUUUCUUCUUCAUGAACACCACCUGAUGGAGGCCAUCGAAAUCGGGUUGCACAGGUCUACGCCAACGAAACCGACAAUUCUUCCAGGCGUGGGUGGGUUUACCUGGACGCCUCAGCUCGCCGUUGGCCUUGGAUCCCUCCGAUCAUCCUCUGAACCUCUAAACAUGCGCUUAUUCAUGGGUGAUGUAAGAUUCAGUAAAUAUGUCAGUCUUGCAGCUGAAGCGGAACAAAAGGAACGGAAAAGAGACGAGAAGCUUCGCGAAUUACUUCAGCAAAUUGAGCAUGACCCAUCCGUGCUGUACGCUGAUGACAUCGUGGAACGAGCAUCUUUGGAGAUUGGCAGCACUCUAUUUGAAUAUUUGUCGUUGCCUGAGGAUGAAAUGAAUAUCCACGCAACCCUUGAAUCUAUCGGCGUGGAUUCACUGGUCAGCAUCGAGAUUCGUAACUGGUGGCGGAGGACACUGGGACUGGAAACAACAGCAGUGGAGAUUAUGAAGGCGGGCACCAUUGAGGGAUUAGGCAAAUUGGCAGUUUCAAGUCUGAAGAAGAAGUAUGGCAUGGGAGAAGAUGACUGCACGGUUCAGUCCAAGUAA